AUGACCGACCUACGACCAGCUCACACAGGGACUAUUGUAUUGGGUUCCAAACCUGUGUCAUUCCAUCAUGAAGCUAUGCUUUUGCUGAUCGAUCACGCGAGGCACCAAAUAUCUUGGACUCCGCAUUAUUCUCCUAGCAACCUCGCUAUCAGCGCUCACCUACUAGGCAUCGACAAAGUCGUCUCUGAAAGCCUCACAGACGCUGGCGAUGUGCAGUCCUCAGACUUCCUUGGACCCUUUCCUAUGGAAAUUUCUGAGCAGAUCAUCGACACGCUAUGGGAUGAUCGUGAAAGCCUAUUAGCAUGUGCUUUGACCUGCCGUUCGUGGCUUUUGCGGAGCCGCUACCAUCUCUUUCAUAUCAUUCACAUCCGUAAAGCCCAGCACCUUCGUGUAUUCUCAAGGAUGCUACUGAGCGCGCCCCAUAUUGUCGACCUGGCUAGAGAACUCCAUGUCUAUCAUGCGCUGGACCCAGCGUAUACCUGCACCCUGUCUUUGUUCGCUACUAUGCUGGCUGGUCGCCUCUCACACAUCCAGCACCUCCGUCUCGAGCGCGACUACUCGGUUGGACCACGGCCGCUCCCGCUUCCCGGGCGGUUCUUUUCUGCACUCUCUGGAUUCGGAUCGGUCAUAAAGCUGAGCCUCUACAUGCUACAAUUCUCCACUUUCGCCGAUCUUAGAAAGCUCAUCUGCGCGCUGCCUAAUAUCUCGGACUUACGCUGUAUCUACCUGACCUGGACCACCAUGGGUCCCGUGCAACCACAGGCACAACGAGAGGACCGCACUCACCGACCCAGAUUUACCUCUCUGCAUCUCGACAUGCGAGUAGAAAUGGCCACCCUCGCAGAUUGGCUCCUUUCUGAUACAAUCCUCACUGGGCUCGACAAGCUCGUACUUUCAUUUGUAGACAUCGAGAACGUUGAGCGGCUGGAUCGGAUGACUCAUGCUGCUGGCCGCUCGCUGCGCCAUUUCAGUGUUGAUUUUCGAUCGGACCAAGGAAAGAAGGCAGACGCAGCGCGGUGGUUAAUUGCAGGGCAAUUCCUCGCGCCAUGCACGGUACUAGAAUCACUGCGUGUCCGCUUCUUGCAGGGCGUUCUGGAUCCAGGAAGCUGGGCUGAGGCGCUCUUCUCCGCGGUGCAGUCGACCAGCAUCCGGCGUGUGACGCUUGGUGUGAGCAUGUGGCGGAUGCCCGUCAUCCAACAAGAGUUUGCGCGGAUGGCGAAUGUAAUUUCCCGCCCUCAGUUCGCGCACCUAAGGGAGCUAGAGUUCGAGUGGACCGGGUUCAACCGCAUGCCGGAGGAUUGGAGAAGAAAGUAUCUGUUAAUGCUGGGCAUGAACGAGACAAACCUCCUGCUGCACGGACAGUGGAGGCACAGUGGACCUAACGCCACCGCGAGCCGGGAUACAUAA